CUCAGUAUAACUACGUUUUUUUAAUCGUCACGAAGGGGAAAAUUUAUUUUAUUUGGGCGUCAAUAAUAAAAAUUUUGUUAGGGCGAAAUAAGUGAUUUCGUUGUAUAUAAUUUAGAAAAAAAAAACUUGCAAAAAUGCUAGCUUUGAUCAACAGAAUAUUGGAUUGGUUCAAGAGCAUCUUCUGGAAAGAGGAAAUGGAAUUGACACUAGUUGGACUGCAGUAUUCGGGGAAGACAACAUUUGUUAAUGUUAUAGCCUCUGGUCAAUUUACGGAAGACAUGAUUCCUACAGUUGGUUUCAAUAUGCGUCGCAUAACCAAGGGUAAUGUAACAAUUAAAGUUUGGGAUAUUGGCGGUCAACCCAGAUUCCGUUCUAUGUGGGAGCGGUAUUGUCGUGGCGUUAAUGCAAUAGUAUAUAUGGUGGAUGCUGCCGAUUUGGAUAAAAUGGAAGCAUCAAGGAAUGAACUGCAUUCGUUAUUAGAUAAGCCACAAUUAGCUGGUAUACCGGUAUUGGUAUUGGGCAAUAAACGUGAUCUUCCAGGUGCUUUAGAUGAAACUGGGCUAAUUGAACGAAUGAAUUUAUCGAGCAUACAAGACAGAGAAAUAUGCUGUUAUAGUAUUUCCUGUAAGGAGAAAGAUAACAUCGAUAUAACGCUUCAAUGGCUAAUUGCACACUCGAAGAGUCAAAGUCGUUAGGAUUUAACCGGCAGUGUCAAAUCCCUCCGAUAGACUCUUCAACUUUUCUCUUAAUAUACAUACUUGUGAUGUGAUGAGGAAGAUGACGAUUAGGAUGGAUAGAAAAAGAAGUCAAUGGCGGCGGCGGUGACGGCGGCUGAAUAAAUAAAAUGAAAAAUAGGAUAAUAGACAUUAAGCCAAAGUAAAGAACUUAAAAAAAUAACAAAACAAAUAAUUCGUUAAAUAUUCAAAGAUACCUGGAGAAGGAGAGUAUUGGAAAAUAUUUUUUCGUGUUUCUUUUUUUGCCAAGGGGAAAAAUUACAUUGUGGUCGACCGAACAACAGAAAAUAAAACACAAACAAUAUACAUAGAGCGCAUUCAUUCACACUCGUAUAAUAUCAAAUCUCAUGCUUUAUAAUAUAUGAAAAAGGAGAAAAAAAUCACAUACCAAAACGAAAAAGUCAUGGGAGAGUUUUAUUUAAAAAAACAUCUAAGGAAUUAUGUAUUAGUUUUUUACUUUCUAAUCAUGGCUGCGGUUAUUACGUUUGUUUUUUUUUUCUAAAAUGUAAACUGUUAAAUAACACACACACAACACAUAAAAUGCCUUACAGUCGAGCACGCCAAAAAAAACUUUUUGUAUUGAAAUAAUAUGGUUAUAAGGUGCUUCCGGUUAUUAUUAUUUGUUUUUAAUUGUAGCUAUUCUUUUUAUUAUAAAUUAUUAUUUUUAAUGUUGAAAUGCCUCCCCAAAUAAGCAAAAGAAAAAUCUUGCUUCGAAUGACAAAAACCUUUACCUUUUUUUGAUUGCAUUAAUUUUCUUGCCGUGUAUUCUCCUUGUAUAUCAAUAUAUCAUCACAACCACAAUCGUCGUACAACAAGCAAGCAAGCAACAACACCUACCGCCUCUCCUAGUUUUGAUCUAAGCACUUGAAUUCAAAACUUUUUUCUUAGUUUAUCUUCGUUUUCGUUUUUUUUCUUUUUUUGCACUAAUUUAUUACUAUUUUUUUUUGUAUUUUUAAUAAUGUGUAAACACAACUCUUUUUUUCUGUUAAUAUAAUUAAGCAUAUAUGUAUGUAUGUAUGUACCACUACUAAUACUAGUAAAGGCUAAGGAUAAAUACACAAACGAGAUAUUUUACUAUAUUUAUGUAUGUCUAGUGUAUAAAACCAAUCAACCAACCAACAACUGUACAUUUAUUUUUGCGGAAAGUGGAAUAAGUUGAGAUGAGAACUAAUAAAAAAUGGCUCGAACAAAAAUGCAUACAUAUGUACAUGCUCUUCUUUAUAUAGUCUACAUAUGCAUAUAUAUCAUAUAGCGACAUAAACCAAUAAAAUUAUACAUAUAUAUAAAUUAUAUUCGAUCUGUUUCGUACACUUUAGUAAGUUCGAUUUGUUACAAAUGAAAAACAAAAAAAGAUUUAAGUAAAAUCGUAUCUCAAAUGUUACCAUUUCUAUAUUAAAACAUGAUGAAAUAACAAAUAUGAAAAAGACAAAGAAUUUUAAUUGAGCAUAACAAAAACAAAACAGAAGCUUUUAAUAUGAUUUUUUAUUACAUAAUUACAUCAAACCAACAAAUAAAAUCAACAAUCAAUAAAAUAAACUAAUUACAAAUAAACGAAUUAGUCACAAAAUUCAA